AUGUGGAGCGCGCCGCGGCCGGCAGAGCGGCUCCGGGGCCCGACGGGGGCGUGUCCAAGGUGCGUCGGGGGCGUGUCCAUGCAGAUGAGAGCCAGCCCGCCGCGCAUGACGGGAGCCCGUCCCGACGGGCCGGCGGCGGUUGCGGGGGCAGGCGGGCGGUGCGGGGGUCGCAGGCGGCGGGAGCGGGCGGGGGGCGAGAGGCGGUUUGGGCGCCCCCCCCGCAGGAACCAGCCCGGUAAGAGCGCCAAGAGACCCCCGGCCAGCGACGCCACCGCCAAACCGGGCAAAUGCCGCUCGCUGGAGGAAGCCCUGAAAGCCCUGGACCUGGCAGAUCUGCAGAAGGAGCUGGAUAAAAGCCAGAGCAUGUUCCCCGAGAGCCCCUCCGUCUGGGUGAAGGACCUGGCCGGCUACCUCAACUACAAGCUGCAGGCCCCCUGCAGCGACCCCAUGCUCAGCCAGCACCCCCAUGACUACCCCUACUGCCUGGUGGGCAAGGAGCUGAGGAGCAUCAUCCGGUCCCUGCUGGGAAAGUCCUCGGGUGUGCUGGAGCUCUUCUUUGACCACUGCGUCUACACCAUGCUGCAGGAGCUGGACAAGACCCCUGGGGAGUCCCUGCACGGGUACAGGAUCUGCAUCCAGGCAGUGCUCCUGGACCGGCCCAAAAUUGCCACCAUGAACCUGGGCAAGUACCUGGAGGUGCUGCGCUCCCACCAGAACCGGCCGGCAAAGUGCCUGACCGUCCUCUGGGCGCUGGGACAGGCCGGCUUCACGGACCUCCACGAGGGCCUGAAAGUGUGGCUCGGCGUCAUGCUCCCGGUGCUGGGCAUCAAGGCUCUCUCCCCCUAUGCCGUGUCCUACCUGGACCGCCUGCUGAUGAUGCACCCGAACCUGACCAAAGGCUUUGGUAUGAUCGGACCCAAGGAUUUCUUCCCCCUCCUGGACUUCGCCUUCAUGCCCAACAACUCCCUGACCCCCAGCCUGCAGGAGCAGCUGCGGCGGCUGUACCCCCGCCUGAAGGUGCUGGCGUUCGGCGCGCGGCCGGAGACGGCGCUGCACACCUACUUCCCCUCCUUCCUCUCCCGAGCGGCCCCCGCCUGCCCUCCCGCCAUGAAAAAAGAGCUCCUGACCUCCAUGAGCCAGUGCCUGAGCCUGGACCCCCUGAGCUUCAGUGUCUGGAGGCAGCUCUACACCAAGCACCUCUCUCAGUCCAGUUUGCUCCUGAACCAUCUGCUGGAGUCCUGGGAGAGCAGCAGCAAGAAGGUGCGUCAGUCGCUGCAGGAGACAGUUCGCUCCUUCAAGGUGACGAACGAGGAGCUGGCGGCCCGAGGGCCCAACACCCACCAGGACGUGACUGCCUGUGACGCCGCCUGCAAGGAGCUGCUGCACAAGAUGAAGGGAAGGGGCUUCCCCUGGUCCCGGCUGCUGCUCGUCCUCCUCGUCUUCGCCGCCGGGUUCCUCUUGCAUGACCUCCGGACCCAUGGAUCCUUCCAGGCUUCCUCCUCUGCGCGCCUCCUCCGCUCCUCCAGCCUCUUGCCUGCCUGGCAGGCAGCCUGGCAGAAGGUCUCCUACUGCUGCCUCCAAGGGUACAGGUGGCUGGAGUGGACGCUGCCCGCCUGUGGCUCCCAGGCUUUGGCUGUCCUGCAGCCACAGCUGGAGCUGCUCUGGGCUACGAGCAGCGAGCUGGCCCUGGCCCUGGCCCAGCAGUGCUCCUCCCUGCUCUCCUGGGCCAGCAGCAACCUCCCCGGGCUGGCAGAGUGGCUCCAGACCCAGCUCCCCGAGGGGCUGCUGCACGUGGCCGAGUGCCUGCGGGAGCUGCUGCUCUUCCUGCUGCGGAGCUGCCUGCUGCCCCUGCUGCAGCUCGCCGCCGCCGCGCUGGAGCGGGGAUGGCAGCACUGGGUGGACUCCUGCAGCGGAGAAGUGUCGUGGGACUGCGUGAGGGACCACCUGACCAGCUUUACCUAUUCCUCCUGGGUUUACCUGCAAAACACAACCCUCGCCGUCACAAACUGGGCCCUGGCGAUGAUUUCUGGACACUGACCCCCUCUCCGGAGGAGUGGGGACGUGGUUGCGGUGUCUCCCCAUGCUCCGGCCACCGAGGAGCGUCCCCAGCGACACCGGUGCGGGCAGCAGGAUGGAGAUGCCGAGUGCGAUGCACACGGGGACUUUCGGCUUAAAUCAGGGCUUUUUUGUGGUUUUUUUUUUCCUCUCCUGGGAAGCACCCCGUUUUUCCACACCCUGUGAAUUCGCUGUGGCUUUCCCUGUCCCACUGUCCCUCCUCCAGGUCGGAACGGGGGUACCCGGACACCUGCCCCCCGCGCCCCCCGCCCCUUCCACGGGUGAAUGAACCGGACUCAUCAUUUUU